ACUGACUUUACGUGCGUGCAAUGCAAAUUAAGCAAAUAUCCAUCUAGCAGUACAUAGUGAGUCGAUGGAGUGUCUGCCUCAUUAAUUAUUUAUCGUAUUGUUUGUUGAACUAUAAUACCAAAGUUAUUUAGGGUUAUGGAAGCUUGAAGUAAUUAGCAGUUGUCGAGAUGGUUAUUUCACCUCAAAGCCCCGCUAGUGACUCCCAAACUGUGCAAGCAAGAAAAUCCAACAUGGCGUCCAAACAAACUUCAGUCGCAGAUACUAGAGCUGAAUUAGCAGAAUUAGUGAGAAAAAAAACCGAAGUAGCUGAAACACUGGCAAAUCUAGAGCGCCAAAUUUAUGCCUUUGAAGGAUCAUAUUUGGAAGAUACACAACUUUAUGGAAAUAUUAUACGUGGUUGGGAUAGAUAUCUCAACACAAACAAAAGUACCAAUUCGAAGGCAGACAAACGAAACAGAAAAUUCAAAGAAGCUGAAAGAUUAUUUUCAAAGUCUUCUAUUACAUCCAUGGCAGCUGUCAGUGGUCUUGUUGAUCCAGCAGAAGCAAAAAAUGAUAGAAAUAGUGAAACAGAGUCCCAAACAAAUGAAGAUUCAUCAGAUACCCAGAUAAGCUCUGGAUUAAAUAUUGGAGCUUUGAACCAUACUACUAUUCAUGGCUCCUCAGAAAGUAUAGCUUCAAAGCCAUCUGGUAAACAGCACACAAAUGGGAUUGACAAAGUGAUAAGUCAUGCUCAGAUGAAACAAAAUGCCACUCAGAAGAUUGUAGCAUCAUCUGGAUUAUUGCAAAAGCCAUUUGGCAGUGAAAACAAAAUGUUAUCAGCAGUUGGACUAGACAGUCGACCUGGCACACCUAAAGAUAAAGAUUCUGUUAUGGGUCUAAUAAACAAAGGUGAUACAACACCUAAUGCUUUGAAACACAAACUAGUUAAUAGCAAUGGCAACAGUAGUGUAAAGAAGAAUAACAAUAAAAAAGCAAGACAUAGAUAAGAUAUUUGUUUGAUUUUUGUUGGAUUUCAGUGUCACAUUAAGAUGUUAGUAUUGGACAUACACUAGAGAUAUGCUGUAAAGUGAUUUUGUAGAACACUUUUGUAAUACUACUCAGUUUCACAUUAUAUGGAACUAGAUAUUUGGCCAAAUUAUUUUGUUUACCAAUUCUUUGUUUUGUCAGAAUAAAGGUAUAAAAAAGCAAUUUGUUAAACAGAUAAUUAAUGAUGCUCUGUAGUUCUGCUCUAAUGAAAACUUAGUAUUUUAGUGACUUGUAAAACCUAACACAUUCACUACUAAUAAAAACAUGAGUGUUGUUUGACCAUGAACAAAAAUUACUGACAACAUUUUAAUCAUCUGGUAAUUAAAUGCUUUA